ACCGCCUCCGGAAGGGCGCGCGACCCGGCGUGCGGGGGCGGGAUUUCCGGCGGACGGCGCGCGCGCGGCGGGGCAGAGCGGCCGCGCGAGCCGGGGCUGCUGGCGGCCACGCAACUUCCGCCCCGGGGGCUCCGGUCGCCGCCGCCGCCCAGGGGCCGCUCCGCGCCGCUCCGCUCCGCGCCCCCAAGGCGACGCGCCGGGCCGCGGCCUGCGGGGCAGCGGGGCCGGCCGCCGCCCAGCCCAGCCCAGCGCGGCCCGGCCCAGCGCGGCCGGCCCGGCCCGCCCCGGGCCCGGCGCAGCGGCGGAGCCCGCAGCCCCCAGCGGCUGCGCCCAGCUCCAUGAAUGGAAAUCGGCAGCGCAGGACCCGUCGGGGCACAGCCCCUACUCAUGGUGCCCAGACGUCCUGGCUAUGGCACCAUGGGCAAACCCAUUAAACUGCUGGCCAACUGCUUCCAAGUCGAAAUCCCAAAGAUUGAUGUCUACCUCUAUGAGGUGGAUAUCAAACCAGAUAAGUGUCCUCGGAGGGUGAACAGGGAGGUGGUGGACUCAAUGGUGCAGCAUUUUAAAGUGACAAUAUUUGGGGACCGUAGACCAGUUUAUGAUGGGAAAAGAAGCCUUUAUACAGCCAAUCCACUUCCUGUGGCCACUACCGGGGUGGAUUUGGAUGUGACUUUACCAGGAGAAGGAGGAAAAGAUCGUCCGUUCAAAGUGUCAAUAAAGUUUGUUUCUCGGGUGAGCUGGCACUUGCUGCAUGAAGUUUUGACGGGAAGAACCUUGCCUGAGCCUCUGGAACUAGACAAACCAAUCAGCACUAACCCUGUUCAUGCUGUCGAUGUGGUGCUACGACACCUACCCUCCAUGAAGUAUACCCCAGUGGGCCGCUCCUUUUUCUCGGCUCCAGAAGGCUAUGAUCACCCCUUGGGAGGCGGUAGGGAGGUUUGGUUUGGAUUCCAUCAGUCUGUUCGGCCUGCCAUGUGGAAAAUGAUGCUUAAUAUUGAUGUUUCUGCCACUGCCUUCUACAAAGCACAACCUGUAAUUCAAUUUAUGUGUGAAGUUCUUGACAUUCAUAAUAUUGAUGAACAACCAAGACCUCUGACUGAUUCUCAUCGGGUAAAAUUCACCAAAGAGAUAAAGGGUCUAAAGGUAGAAGUGACUCAUUGUGGAACAAUGAGACGGAAAUAUCGUGUUUGUAACGUAACAAGGCGGCCUGCAAGUCAUCAAACCUUUCCUUUACAGUUAGAAAACGGCCAGACCGUGGAGAGAACAGUAGCACAGUAUUUCAGAGAGAAAUACAACCUCCAGCUGAAAUAUCCUCAUCUUCCUUGCCUACAAGUGGGACAAGAACAGAAACACACCUACCUGCCUUUAGAAGUAUGUAACAUUGUAGCUGGCCAACGAUGUAUCAAGAAGCUAACAGACAAUCAGACAUCAACUAUGAUAAAGGCAACAGCAAGAUCUGCUCCAGAUAGACAAGAGGAAAUAAGCAGAUUGGUAAGAAGUGCAAAUUAUGAUGCAGAUCCAUUUGUUCAAGAGUUCCAGUUCAAAGUCCGGGAUGAGAUGGCCCAUGUGACGGGGCGAGUGCUCCCAGCUCCAAUGUUGCAAUAUGGAGGACGGAAUCGAACAGUGGCAACACCAAGCCAUGGAGUAUGGGACAUGCGAGGGAAGCAGUUUCACACUGGUGUUGAGAUCAAAAUGUGGGCCAUAGCUUGUUUUGCAACACAGAGACAAUGCAGAGAAGAAAUACUGAAGGGUUUUACAGACCAGCUGCGCAAGAUCUCCAAGGACGCAGGGAUGCCGAUCCAAGGGCAGCCCUGUUUCUGUAAAUAUGCCCAAGGUGCGGACAGUGUGGAGCCCAUGUUUCGGCACCUCAAGAACACCUAUUCAGGGCUUCAGCUCAUCAUUGUCAUCCUGCCAGGCAAAACGCCAGUGUAUGCGGAGGUGAAGCGUGUGGGAGAUACGCUGUUGGGAAUGGCCACGCAGUGCGUUCAAGUCAAAAAUGUUAUCAAAACAUCUCCACAGACCCUAUCAAAUCUGUGCCUGAAGAUUAAUGUUAAACUAGGGGGAAUCAACAAUAUCCUCGUACCUCAUCAACGACCUUCUGUGUUCCAGCAGCCAGUGAUCUUUUUGGGAGCAGAUGUCACGCACCCUCCUGCUGGGGAUGGAAAGAAGCCUUCCAUAGCUGCUGUUGUAGGUAGUAUGGAUGCUCAUCCAAGCCGGUACUGUGCCACAGUGAGAGUUCAGCGACCUCGGCAGGAAAUCAUCCAAGAUCUUGCCUCCAUGGUGAGAGAGCUGCUCAUCCAGUUCUAUAAAUCAACACGGUUCAAGCCCACACGAAUCAUCUUCUAUAGGGAUGGGGUCUCUGAAGGACAGUUUCGACAGGUUUUGUAUUAUGAACUGCUAGCUAUUAGAGAAGCUUGCAUCAGUUUGGAGAAGGAUUACCAGCCUGGAAUAACCUAUAUUGUGGUGCAGAAGCGACAUCAUACACGAUUGUUUUGUGCUGACAGAACAGAAAGGGUUGGACGAAGCGGCAACAUUCCGGCUGGAACAACUGUAGAUACAGAUAUUACACAUCCGUAUGAGUUUGACUUUUACCUCUGUAGCCAUGCUGGAAUACAGGGUACCAGCCGUCCCUCACACUAUCAUGUUUUGUGGGAUGAUAACUGUUUUACUGCAGAUGAACUUCAGCUACUGACUUACCAGCUUUGCCACACAUACGUGCGCUGUACACGUUCAGUUUCUAUACCUGCACCAGCGUAUUAUGCUCACCUGGUAGCAUUCAGAGCACGGUACCAUCUCGUGGACAAAGAACACGACAGUGCUGAAGGAAGCCAUGUUUCAGGACAAAGCAAUGGGAGAGAUCCACAGGCCCUUGCGAAGGCUGUACAAAUUCACCAAGACACCUUACGCACGAUGUACUUCGCUUAAGUCAAUAAAAUGGGAGCAUACUCACUGAAAGGAAGAACUGAAAAAUUAAGCCACAUACAAUGUAUGUUUCCAGUGGGGUUGGUUUAUGGGGUGUGCCUCCGAUCAUGCUGAAGUUGACACUGUGCAGGGGCGAGAGGCUAACCCUUAAAUUGACACAAGGAAGAUUGUUUACUUCAUCGAGGAACACAGCACUAUUAUGCAAUAUGAAACCAGCCAACUGCUUUUUUGGCGCGGUCUCCUGUAGGAAGCACCGCCAUCAUUUUUUUUCUCUCUCUCGUAGUUUAACCCUCUUAUGCCUUUACCUCAAGUUGCUCGGCAGCACAACUAUCUUUGCAAAAAAAAUAAAAAGAUCAAUGGUGUAAUUUAAAAAAAAAAAAAAAAAAAGCAAACAACCUUUAUAGGAACAAUCACAAUGAUUGUUUGGGGGGAGGGAAGUGUGCAAAAAAACCCCUUUUUUCUUUUACCCCACUGCAUUGAGAAAUCUUCGUCUCAAUAUUGCCAUCAGCAUUCGAAUGUGAACAUAUCCAAGUACAUUUGAAUGUACAGCACUAACUAGAAAAAGUGAGGGGAGGGGAAGACGUUUUGCACACUAAUCCAAUAAUUUGAACCUAGUUUAGCCAACUGCUGCCUUUGUCUUUCUUCACAGUUCUGGAGUCCUCAGCUCCAAUAGUUCCCUUUUAAAAAGCAAACAAAGAAGUUAGUGGUAUUAUGUGCAGGCAGUAGUGAUCCAAACUCUUCUUGCUCCCUGGUGAAUUCACUAAAGCUGCUGUUUUACCUAGUCCAAGAGUUUCAAUUAUUUUCUAUCUGGCAAGUCAAAAUAUUUUGGAGCUUCAUGUGAGAUCAGAUGUCCCAAGUUUUAUGGGAUUACAUAUAGUAAACACCAGAACUGAAACUUUAGAGCUAAGGUCUUUUUGGAAAAAGAAAAAUGCUAGUUUACUUGCUGCCUCUCACACCUUAAUGUGAUUUCAUAUGUAUGUGUUUUUGAAGUUUAGCUUCCUUUUGUUUCUUUUAUAUUUAUUAGAGUAAUAAUAAUGCUUUAAUUUAAUUAUUACAGAACAUAUGGUCAACAUCAACUUUUAUUUUUUAGAAAUGUAACCAUGUUUAUUUUUUAAAAACUGACAACUUGUUUUUGCUAUCUUUUAGUGCAAUAAGCGUUCUAAAGGCAAACUGUGUCCAUUGAGCUGUACUAAAGCAGUAUUUGUACCACUAAUCGUGGGAGAAUGGACACCUCCAUGAUUUUAAAAGGACAAAGUAAAAGCCUUAAUUUUGAAAGGAAAGUUUUAUAGUCAGAAGGAACCUUGGAUUUUCCUUUUUUAAAUCAAAAAAUAGCAAAAAUGCUUCUAGAAUUCUGCAAGCUUUAUUGUUGUUACUGCAGUGUUUUGAUUUAACAAAGGAAUUGGCCAUAUUUUUGGCUUUGCGCUGUGGUGGAUAUUUGAAUUAAACGGAAAGGGUUUUUUAUUAAAAUCUAAGUUUUUACAUGCUUAGUUAAAUCUAUUUGACAUCAAUAAAGUGUCUGGAAUUAAUACAAUUUUUAGCUUUUUUCCUCUUUGAUAUGACUUUCCUUUUAAAAUUAAGUUAUUGGUAACUUCAUUUCACUUUGCAAAUAAAAUAAGAGGGCUGGGAUAGUUAACAUAUUAAAUCACUGAAAUGUGAAACAAAAAUUAAUGGGACUUUUUCAUUCCACUUUAAAGGUAAAAACCAAUAUUUAAGAUGUCAGAGAUGAGCAUUUAUUCAGUGAGGGGAUUGGGGAGUUUUGCACUUUGUAAACUCGUGAACUGCAUUUUUGACUGUUUUUAUUUGCACUGGUUCAUAGUAUAUAUACUGCAGAUCGUUUAUAUGGGCAUUGCUGUUAUCCCAGCCCUUCUGAACUCCACUUGCUCUCCACAUGAAAACCAGUGGGUUAGUAUAAGUAGCUUAUCUCCUCUCAUUCUCAUGAAAUCCGCUGUUUGCCAAUAUACUGUAUUUUGAGCCUAAAAUCUGAGCCCGUUUUGCUUCAACAGGCAUGAAUCUCCCCCAUUUUUCUGCCAGAAAACAAAGUACUGUAUUUUGUGCAUUUGUAUAUUGCAUUGAAAUGUAUGUAGUGCUGUUCACAACACUGUCUCAAAGAGCUUUACUAAACAGUUAGUGUAUAUACAUAUUUUAUCUCCCAAUAUCAAGGAAGAUGAUGUAAAAAGACUAACUUUGCUAAGUUAAAAUUGCACUGGAAAUAGUCAUAAAGGUGGGCAGUUUGCUAGUGGUUUGGGGGUCCUUAGAGAAUAAGUGGGAGGGUGGUUGAGGGAGACUUUCAGCAGAUCCUGAUAUGUCUGAAAAACGCUUUGGGGUCCCGGGAGUUGCAUGUUUUCAUCAGGUGUAACCGCAGAUCCCAGCCAUGUUCUUUGACUUCUUAAUGCACUUACCUUUCAGCGCCUUCAAAUAAAACUGCUGCAGGGAGGUUGGUGUAACUAAAUAAUUUGAGCAAGAUGAUUUCCAAAUAAAUCACUCAAAUGUUUUUCUUAGUCUGUGACCUGACAGUCUUCUCUAAGAAGCACUCUAGCUAGUAGUUCUGUUUAUAAAAUGUUCAGGUUAGGCUUUUUACAGAAAAUUGAUGUUUUAAAAUAGAGAAUUUUUUAAAACUAUUUUACAAAGACUUCUUGUGGAUUUCUGGCAUUUAGAUGAAAAUUCCUUUUUAUUAAAGUCUUUUGACUCUCCUUUCAAAGACACUGUACGCUGCUCAUCCUGCCCACACUCAGUGACUAUGAUUUGAGAAGCUUUUUUGCUUGCUACUUUCACCAAAAAUUAAAGGAAAAAAUAAAAGUUCAUUGGGAAAGUGACUUAAAUGCUAGCUCAACAAGAAAUUUUACCUGGUUUUCAUGUGAAGAGUAUUUGGAAGUUUUGAUCUCUAUUCUUGGUUUUGCAAAUAUCUACGUAAAGUGCCGAUACUUAUUUGUAUUACGAUAUCAAGUUACUGGCGUUGUGAGGGCCACACGUUUAUGAUGCUGUAGCUGCUAUAUUUAUUUAAAUGGAGAUGGACAAUUACUGCACUAAGGAAUGAGGAGAUAAGCAAGGAAUCAAGGUUAGUUAGGAAUCUUGUUUUUUCAAAAGAGAAUUAAUGGUGUGAAAUAUCAAGUGUAACAAAGGGUGCUGUCAUUUUAACUGAGAUUAAAUAGCCAGAUAUUCUUCCUUUGUUUAAAAACAUAUAUAUUUUGAUGUUUGCAGUUUGGGGGUGGGGGGUCGGGAUAAAUGGUACCUCAUCUGUGGUGGCAGUUUCCAGUAUAUUUUCAGAGUAUAUGGAUUUCUUUUAUUUUUGUACCUGCUCUCCUUAAAAAAAAAAAAAAAAAAAAAUCUCAAAUUUUAUGUGCUGUUUGGGGAAAUCUUGAGUGGCAUACCAGAUCCUCCUGUCUUUCUGGGAGCUGUCUGUAUACAGUCCAAAGAGGGACGUGGGCAAAGGCGGACAGUUCUACUUACUUUGCAGAGAUACUGGCCUCGUUCAUAUGCCCAGCCAGAAAAGUGGUUCCUGUCUCCUAAGACACUGUACCAGUUUACCACACCAAGACUUCAUGUGUACGUGCAAGUGCCACUAACUGCUUCCACGGUGGGAGGACGCACAAGGGGCCCAGAGCUAGUUUGGGGAAAGCACCCUUAGGGUAUCAACCACCCAAAGCUGAAGUUGCAGUGCUGGUACUGUGCCAAAGGUAGGAACCACUCUCUGGGACUGGAGGCGAUGCUUCUAGUAACCUAACAGAAAGCCUUGCCUAGACCUGUGAUCUAGUGACUAGUAGAUCCGAAUUUGGAAAGAAAUAGAACUUGAGGAGUUAAACUUGCAACAUCUACUAACAGAAUGACUGACGACUCCACUGUAAGUAGCGUUUUUUGUAGGGCACUUCAGCUGUGGCCAUUUUACUCAGGAUUGCUGUAUUACUGUUAAAUGUGUAAUCUGAUGAAAUAUGUCCAAAAGCUAUUUCUGUAGGGUUCAUUCUGGCAUCCUUUCGGAAGUCUGUUUGGCCAUAGAAAUGAUUUUUCAGAAGGAAAAUGGAUUUCUGAAAGUUUUUCAAAUUAUUUUGAGAUGCCUUUGGUCCUAAACUAAUUUCAUUUUCUUCAAGUACAAAUUUGUCCUAUGAAAUGCUUAACAUACGAUACCAGAUAAUCAUCUUCUGUACAAAUUCCAGCUGCUGCUGCUACUGAUUUUCUACUAGUCUUGAAGUUCACUCUGAUGGAAAUUUCCAAGCUCAAACUACACUUAAAAAAGCUUGAGGCCUUUUUUUAUACUUUAUUCAUAUCUUGUCCACUUUUGAUAUUUUCCCAGUUUUUGUGAACUGAGGGUUUAGAAUCUUACUCAAAGCACUUUUUAUAAACAAGGAAUCAAAAGCUCAGAUUAUGUACCUUGAAACCAUAAAUUCAGUUUUCAGAGAUCGUUAUUUCCAAAUGGCCGUCUUCGUCUCCAUCGUGGCAGGCAGGCGUUCUGUCGGUCUCAGUGCUGUGGAGUUUUGUGGCUGCCACUAGCAGGUUAAUUGGAUCCAGCAAAAUAAAAUCCAUAGGGAUGUCAAAGGGAAAGAUUCCUGGCUUGCUUUUCUACCCAAAGAUGGUACUUUAGAUUGAUACUGGGUAUUGAUACCAUUUUUGUUUUGGCACAUGUUUAAAUAAAACUUUAGCCAAUUCACUCUUUUUUUAAAAAAAUCUGAAAAAUAGUGGUUAGAGCUUGAGCUAAUUCAUGCUUUCUGCUAGUAGAAGAUUUGUACUUUACAGUAAUUGAAGUAUGAAACAGGUGUAUACAGGAUCCUAAAUUUUACCUCCCUAGCAGAGUCUCAAGAAUCCUAAUUUCUAUAACACUAAAAAAAAAAAAAAAAAAAGUCCCUAACUAGGCAAAGGUGCAUAUGGAUGGGAAGAAGCUUGCAAAGAAAAUAUUGAAACAUCAGUUUUACAGAAACAAGGGUGUUGGUGGAGAGACUCAAUCCACUUUCCAUCCCAUGUGCCCUGGCCUUUUCAAAUUUUGUCUGAGGUACCCCUCACCUAACACGGGUAGUUAACAUAGGGUCCUUCUAAAACAAAGCAGUUCCACUGUUUAAAACCUGGAGUGGGUUUUGUUUUUGGGUUUUUUUUUUAAGCAAGACAGUCCUCAGAAAGUGCCUUUUUAGAAGAUGGUGCUGUAGAUUUUUAUUUUCCAUUUGUACGUGGCUGAAAAUUUAAGAUAAAUUAUUGAAAAUGCCAAGUGUUUGAUGGUAUCUUUCAGGUACUUUCAAGCAUCAGUUUCUCUGAGUCAGGACCAAGAUUAACCGGGAAAGUGUUUUCAUCAGAGGGAGAGGCAUUGAGGAACGAUCACCAAAUUCAGCUGGUAGGCUAGAAUCAGCUUUGGUUUAGCUGGUGCAAUUUACCUCUUCAUAUUGGGGGGGGGGGGGGGUGGUUGGGAGGAGGGUAUAGGAAAAGUAACCGCACGGGACUCUUCAGACAACAUAAUGCUGAAAUGGAAUCUGUGGUUAUUGGAGGUUGUUGUCUCUUAGAGAUGUAGCAGGCUCCCAAAGAUGAAGUAGACAAAUUGAGAACUAUCUGAAGACUUAUGAGAUGGUCAGUCCUACUGUGAACAGAUGUCACAUGGCUUGUAUUUUUAAAGGAGUAAUGUGUGUGUGUUGAUGGGACUUCUAAUUCCUAACCGGGAGUUGUGAUGCUCUGAACAGUAACUGCUUGGUGGGGUGAGAGAUGUUGCCCUGUUUAGAUGGCAGAAGGUGUUGUGGGUCCAUAGCGAGUUUGGUGAGCAUUCCUCCAGUCAAGAAAGCUGUAGACUAGACUAUUAAACACUGCACCUCAGUAACCUUCUAAUGCUGCAUAAAGUAAUAAUAAUAGCAAAGUUCUGCUUUGAUUACACUGUAAUGUGCUUGCACAUGCCUGCAAAAAAUACACACUUAACUUUCAUUAUUGUAAUGGUCUUAAUAGCAGUUAUCAGACUUUUUUCUUUCAAGAUGAGCCUUGUCUUUUAUUGUGGUGUUUCUGUAUAUUUAUUGUUAAUCUGUGUGCAGCUCAUAGGUCUAUGUCUGAUCUGUAUGUUGCUUUUAACACUUUUUUAGACAGGAGAAGUUUCUGAAUGUCUUGUUUUUCUUCUCUGAAGUCAGCUUAACUAAUCAUUUUGGAGAGGAAACUGAAGAAAACAACUUGAUAGACAGUCUACUUUAAUUGGCACCCCGUUUCCUUAAGUUUAGAACCAAGAUGAGUUUGUGUUCAUUUCGUUGCUGUUCGUGCAGUACUGGGCAUUUUAGACAUACAAUAACUUGAUGUCAGUCAGGAUAUUUUUGGAUAUCAGGAAUUUAAGCAUAAAACUCCCACUUCAAUUGCAAAUGGUUUUGUUGCAGGAAUGUGUUCAUGUCCAGUCUUUUUCUCAAAGUAAGCAGAGCUUUUCAACAUUUACUGAUUUGGACGUGAUCAAUGAAAUAUCUAGUCUAGAAUUCCAAAGUGUUCGACAGUGACCCUUGCACUUGCUGUCCCCUUUAUUUAAAGGGAUACUGUUAGAUUAAUUCACAAUAUAGCACUCCUGCUUAUUGUGCAACAGAAAUUAUGAAACAAAAAUUUAAUGUUUUGUUGUGUGGACUUUUCUGUUUCAAGUUAGAGAAAUGAACUGAACUUUCUUGCAAUUUGUCACCAACUUGCUUGUUCUAGUACUGUGCCCAAAGCUACUUCAUUGCUAUUUAAGCUUACAGUGACUUUAUUUUGUAUUCCCAUUUUCUUAAUGUUAUUAGACUAGGAUUGAGAAAGUAUUUUCUUCAGUCUGAAUUCUGAGCCAAAACUAUGUCUUGUAUCCCUUUUGGUAGCUGUAGAGUUAUCUUCUGGACUGAAAAGGGCCAAAAAUCCUGUUCUAUCAGCUUGGUUUUCAGAAAUACUCUCUAUCUCUUCCCUUGCCUAUGAACCAGGGUUUUUUUUUUUCUAUCCACCUUUAGCAAAUACCGAAGCUGUUGAGACUUAUAAGUUCUUGCUUCUCUUUCCAUACACUGCAAAUGUGGUCAAAAAGAAAUGAAAUGGUCUUGCAUCUGAUGAUGCUAGUUUCCUUGGGCACAAAUCUCUUAGUAAGUCUUGCCUCGAAGACCAACUGUAGCACAUAUGGGUUUAACUACAAUAGAAAUUAUCUGUAUUUCUGUUGCAUUCAUUGGAUGGUGCAUGAUGUUUUAAAAUAUCCAACUCAAAUACAAGCUAAUCAAUCACUGAAGACACCCUCAUAUAUUUCAUCUUUAAAAGAAAAAAAUCUAGUGUAUAUGACUAGUUCAUCCUUCCUGGCAAAGGUUUGAGAUUGAGUGUUUUCUGUAAUUGAUACUAUUUAUAGCAAAUUGUGCUGGGAUUAAUCCUAAAGCUGAACUGACUCAGCUGUAUGUUAAGUCUGUCACUGCCCUGAUGUUUUACAAAGAGAAGAAAUGGUAGUGGUGACUGUCCUAUCAAACCAAUAGUAGAAAACUCUUAAAAAAUGCAAGGAGGAAACGUGUCUUCAUAUCAAAAAAGAGAAAGCUAAAUAUACUUAAAAAGAAAACAAAAAAACCCUUAUGCUGCUAGAGCCUUGUGAACCUAUACCUUUGCAUCCAUAGUUUACCCAAAAGGCCCAAUGUGUGGCUACUUCAAAAACUAAUAUAGCAGGAGGAACCCCCCCCCCCCUUUUUUUUAACAAAAGCAUGCCUGUUCCCCUCCAUAAAAGGAACAUGCUGAGAAGCAGGUAGCAGGGCCUGCAACAGUUGUGUAGUUUAAAAACAAAUAAUCUGUGUUUUGUGUCUAAAUCUUGAAGCCACCUUACUUGGUUCAAAGCAGAUACAAAUUCCGGUAGAUGGGUGCUAUUUGAAAGAGUGGAGCCAAGGGGUUUUGUGGGCAGUAUCCAACCCCUCUGUAAAAUGUAGAUGCUCUGAUAGAUUUCUGGUUGUAAUCUUCAGACAGUUCACACUGACGUGUGCCUGGCUAACAAGAAAACAGCAGGCAGUUGUAGAGUUAAUUUUGCUAUAAUGCUACAAUUGCUCUGCUCUUCUUCGGCUCUUACCUACCUCCCUAUUUCCCUUACACAGGAUCACUCUCCCUCCACUGUCUACAGAGAACUAGCCAUGUUGAGAACAUUUUAGCCGUGUGGAAAGUGAAUCAGCUUUGUCUGAAUGUGAGGGGCGGUGGUAGUGCAAUGAGGUGAUGAAAGUAACUGCCAGUAGAAAUAGAAAGGAUUCAGUAAAAGUUGGGUGGAUGUCAGUUAAGCUGCGUUCAGCCUGAGCCCUUCACGGAGAUUGGGAACAUCAGAUGUUAACUUAGGUGUCAUGGGAAUGUUUGUGUCAAACUUGAACUCAUUGAGAGCAAGCAUGUGCCUUUUUCUGAUCAAGAACAGAAGCUGGAAAAACUUGCAUUUGCAUUGAUACUAUGGUUAAUAUUUUUAUGAGUUGUUCUUAAAGCUUGAAGUCCUUGGUCAGAAUGGAGUUGUUUUUGCAUUGAGUUACUUAAUAAAAGCCCUGAAUUAUCUGUGAAUUAGAACUACCCUGAAAGGAGAAGCUUUUAAAGUAAGUGGUUUCUCUAGAGUAAUGUUGUCAUAUAAACAAACUUUUACUGGUAGAUUUGCAAUGUUUUAAAUAAAAUUUAACCUUGAUGUAUGUUUCUCAUUAUCUAUUGAAAAUAAUCAAUUUUGCCUUUAUUUCAAUGUUGCCUGUCCAGUAACGUCUUCACUCUUCGCUGUGCUUCUGCAGCCUUUCAUACACUCCAUCAAUUCUUGCCCCCACCCCGCAAUGGUGACUGUAAGGACAUUAAGAAUGUUGCCUAAUGAAUGUAGGGGAGCAGUGUAGAGGUCUGAUGAAGUGGGAACAUUGUGGUGAGGAUUAAACAUCACAGAGGUUUCUGCAAGAACUAGUUUGCCAGCAGCUGAGGGUAUUGAUGUCUGUGUAACAAAUUUUAUGGUGUCUUGGGUAUGGAAAGUUUUAGCAAAGUGGUAUGAGAGGGGGGGAAAAAACACCUCUCCUUUUAUAUCAAGGUACUAGUAGAGGGAAGGCUUUUGUAUAAUAUGUACUGCGCAAAAGUAGUUGCCUGUAUCAUUAGAUGCUAGUUUAGGCUUAAAGCUGCUAAAAUAGUGGAUUUUCAGAGCGUUAUGAAAAAGCUUUUCAAAUGGGCUAUGUUUUAUACAGUUUUGAGAUACUGGUGACUUAUCCAGCCAGGAGCUCUGGUAUGAAUGCUGGCUAUGAAAUGGGUUCCCUCUCUGACCUUGGGUUAGUGAUUCUGCCUCAGUUUUUUACCCCAUCUUCAAAAGGUAUACAGUGAUUCACAUUGCCUUAUGAGAGCUAGCUAUUAGGUAUUCUGAGGAUGAAUCAUGUUGUGGAAGUGCUAAAUUCUUAUUACAAACCUGUGCACUUUCUUGCAAGUUUGCAUCUUCACUUAUCAAUACAGUACUGUUUGAAAUCUGUCUAUCUUUGAAAUGAGCCGGUGUUCUUUGCAUACAUGUCAUCACAACUGAGCGGUGCCUGAGGAAGGCCAUUGGGAUUGGUCCCAUAAUGUUUACCUGUUGCUUUCUUUUAAGAUAAUCCUUUGUUUCCAUUUGGUGAGAAACAGACUGUCAGAGGGCAAAGUUUAUUUAAAUGGAAAACCUUCAUUGAGGAUUGAAUUGGUCCUUCAAAGACAUUUGGCAGUUGGAAAUUUAACACAUACUGUAAUAUUAUCUAGCAACACAGAAAAAAAUGACUGUGUAUUGAAUUUAGGGUUAUGCUAACCUAUAAAUCGUAGAUCCACAAACUAAUUUAAACACAGAUGUGCAAAAGUUAGCUAUUAAAAUAGUUACUAAUAAACUUUCAUUAUGCUUACACUUGCAAGUCUCUUAAAUCCGUUCAAAAACAGUUUCUUUAAUAUAAAAUCCAUGUCUUGCGAGUUAGUGUUUACUCAGACACAUUAGCAAACAGUACCUGUUGGAGCAAUGCUAGAUUUAAAGAACCUUUUUGAAGUUUUUAAACCUGGUGGUGUGCCAGCAGAGUAGAAACUUGAGCAGCACUCUUUAACUGUCGAGAAAAAAUGAAUGUUGAAAAUAAUUCAGUAAGCGUGAGGAAGACUGCUAGAGAUGAGAAGAUUUGUCUUCUGGCAACUUUUCAGUGAAGAAUGGCUUCUUCAGGCUGUUCCGUUUUGUACAUCACUUUCUUCCUGUGGCUGUAGUUUUUACAUUUCUUUGGACUUGAUUUCUAUUCUUCAGUAUAAUGUUCUCAUUUCUGCAGUAAAGCUUUACAGCAUCGAAUCUACCCUUGAGACAACUUAAUGUUAUUUUCCUGUAGAAAAAUCCUGUUUCUAGUAAGUUGCAUUUUUUGUCUGUUUCGCAGACAGUAAUUCUGAAAAGCUAGCUUCAGUACAGCAACAGAGUUGGCAGUAUCGGUUUUUAAUCCAAGAUGUUGCUCUUACAGGCUUGUUGCCCAGCACCUACUGCCGUGAUUAGUGAUAUUGGUAUACUGAUCACUUGAGCAGCAGCUCAUUUGUCUCACAGCUUAGGUGAUGACCUUGGGCUCACAGGGUACAGAUUCUUUUGUUAUAUUCUUGUUUCUUCCCUUGGAGUAAGCCGUUAAACUUACCCAGGUAGCCUAUUCGUGGAUAAACAGCAUUGUUGCUUAUUAUGGGGAAAAGGAUUCAGCCCUUUAAAUGGCCUGGAGGUGUUUGAUUGGAGAUAAGAACAUUGUCUAUCAACAGGUAUUACUUUAAAGCUUUCACUGUAAUUGGUAGCAUUCAGUUAUGAGCCAGUGUGGGUAUUAAAAUAUGAUCAGCGGAAGGUGCCUCAGGUGGCAUAGUGUGUGCCAUAAGCAUUGCUAGUGAUCAAUAUGUAUUUGUUUAGGAGACUGCUGGAAGCAAUGUUGUGCAUAUAGAUUUUGCAUAUUUAAUACCAUAUGUUUUAAAAAAAAUAAUAAUUGUACUGUUCGGGACUCCUUUUCAGAAUAAAAUUUUAAUAAACCAGUCAAGUGGAUUGAGAUUCCCUUCUAUGUGUACGUCUUGCCCUUGCUCUUUCUCAUAUGCUGGUAACUGCUCCCUUCUUGUUUUGGUGUUGCCAUUGCUUAAGAAGGAAGUAAAAUGUGUUCCAACCAUGAAGAUAACUGGGGUCGGGGGGGGAGGUUCAAAGUAAAAGGGAAUUGUUUCAAGAAUAAAGUAGAGCUGUGACUUGAGACAUUGCACAAAUAGAUUGUAGACGGAUGGCAAACAAGCUGGUAGAAGCCUUUAUUUUUACUUAACCAUCUUGACCAUGUGUGCCUAUUUGUAUUGCGGAUGUGGUCUGCAACCAUUCCGAAUGUGAGGGAAAUCAUGUGUCAGUGUGUUUUAAGAUGUAAUUGCUAAGCAGAAGCAGUGUCCUCUGCCCAUUCUCCCUUUCCGGACAAAUUGUUCUUGCCAAAAUUUUCUACCUGUUGCAAUGGUUGCUUUCUUUCCAGCACAGUAAAAUGUCAACUUCUUUCACUGUCCCUUCCCUCUGGCAGUCAUCUAUAAUCUCUGUGCAGCUGUGUGUAGUACACACAACAGUCAUCAGAUCUCUGUUGGCUUUAGAUACCAUCAAGUUGGGUAUAUUGUAAACCAACUGUAUUAAUUUGAAAAAUAAAUUUGUUUUGAAUGCAUAUGUGAUAUUUUAAUCUUUUUAUACUUACGUUGUUUGAAUUUCUUUCCAAAGCAAAGUCUGCAAGAAUGGAUGGAGAUUGAAGUGCUGAUCUGAAUCGGUAGUGUCAGGAACUGGGAUAAUAUCUUGAGGGAAAUACCAAACCUGACUGCCAAACCUUUGUCAGAAAAUGUGAUUUUACUUUCCAACUUUUCUCUUUGAUUAGGGUUAAUGCCAUUUAAGUAAAAAAUGGGAAAAAUUUAAGUGCUCAGAUUGGCAAUUUUCAUCCUUCUGUUGUCCACAGAACUAAAAAUGUUGUGGGGGAUAUGAUGGUAUCUCGGAGUUACUGGCAUUGUUUAUGCAUGUGUUGAAUACCCAGUUAUGUCCACAGUGUCAGCUGAACUUCAUGGCUCAGAAAAAACACAGGCAAAUAUGGGGUUAAAUGGGUUUUGAAGCUAUAAAAUGCUUGUGUGCCGAUAAUCAGUGGUGAAUGUGGUACCUUUGGUUAAAUCAUUGUCUCCACAAAAACACAUUGUCUGUGGCUGAGAUUAAAAAGUUUGUUUUUGUUUAACACCGUUACUCACAAUACUGACGUGGUGAAAUUCAGUCAUGGACCUCUCUGAGCCAAAACUGUCACCAAAGCUUUCUGUGACAGCCUCCACUCCUGUCUUUCUGCCAUUCUCUAUACUGGAAGGACUCUAUGUUGUUUUGUUUUUACCUUUUUUUAAAUAAAAUAUUGUUUUAGUGUUGCUUUGCUUCAGUUUGAAGUGUAACUUUCACUAAUAACUGCAAUAAAAAAAACAAAGCUUUGCUCCAAA